AUGGCGCACAACUCGACCGCGUUCCGCCUGGUCGCGCGAGCAUCUUCAGUCGAUGCCUUGCGAGGCUCGGGCCCGGCGAGCCUGAACUGGCUGUACCUUGUCGAGUGCUUCGUCGUCUUCAUCCUGGUCCUCUUCUACUUCUUCUACAUUCAGCGGGUCCUCGGCAUCGUCGCAUCAUGGGUCCUGCGGCUCUACUUCUGGCGGUCGAGCAACGCCUAUUUCGAGAUCGGCGCGCUCAAGAUCAGCAUCCUCGGUGGACGCAUCCAGUUCAACGACCUGCGCUACAUCAGUCGAAACCAGUCUCUGCGCGUCGUUCGAGGUCACGUCACGUGGAAAUAUUGGCUUCGUCAUGUGCGCUCGGAGGAGGACAAGCCGUCAGAGUCUCGCAAGCCCUGUCGAGUCCAGAUCACCUAUUCCGGCGCCGAGCUCUUCCUGUACAACCGCACGCCGUCGUACGACGCCAUCCUCGAGCAGCUCGGGCUCAAGGAGCAGGACCCGCUCCGCCGCGGGCCGUCCGAGCCGUCCGACUCGUCGUCUACGUCGAGCCCGGCGUCAUCUCUCGACAAGAAGGAGAAGCAGUCGCUGUCGUCAUCGUCGCCGAGGCCGUCCACCGCCGUCUCGUCGAUCGAGCAGGUCCAGGCCGAGCAGGGCGAGAAGGAGCGCGAGCGGCGCAAGCAGGUCGACGAGGGCAAGAAGGACGGCACCAACUGGCUCCUCGAGGCGCUCCCGAUCGCGUUCGAGUGCGGCCGGGGCGCCAUCAUCAUGGGCAACCCGAGCACGCCGUCGAUCCUCAUCGCCGGCUUCGACGGCGCCCAAGGCACCUACUCGGCGGGCAAGGCCCGCUCCAAGCUCGACGACUACAAGGAGGUGCACCACUUCGUCUUUCGCCGGCCCAAGAUCGUGUGGCGCACCAACCCGGACUACAAGGAGGGCAUGGCCGACCACGGUCAGCACCUCAUGGACCGCCUCGACCAGGACAUCCGCCACUUCUCGCUCUCGAGCCUGUUUGCCCGGCCGACCGCCUUCCUCACCCUGCGCGGCUUUCGCGACCUCGUCAUGCGCCGGCCGCACCCUUCCCGCCGCGAGCAGCGACGCGCUCGUCGGUACGGCGAGUCGGAGAAGGAGCAGGCGCAGGGCGUCGACGAGCCGGCGAGGCCGUCGUCGCACGACGGCUGGACGGGCCUCCCGCGGUACCAGACGCCCGAGGACGACGCGAGCGUCGACUCGGACGGCAAGCCGCCUCACGUCGUCGAGUACGCCAAGGUGGCGACGCUCCUCGUGUCGGACGAGAUCGACUUGACGUACUACUCGGACGUCGCAGGCCUCGUUCCCGAGCGCAGCAAGAGCGACUCGCCCGUCGCCGGGCUCGAGACGUACGACGUCGGCAACGGCGGCCUCAGUCCCGAGUGGGGCGUCGACCUCGUCGUGCGCGGUGCCGCCCUCACGUACGGCCCGUGGGCCGACCGCCAGCGCGCCAAGAUCCAGAGCGCGUUCCUCCCGGCGACCUACUUCAACGGCCUCGAGACGCCCAAACUCAAGCCGGGCGAUAAGCGCAUGCACACGGCGCUCAAGGUCUAUGUCGAGUUCAGCGACGGCGCGACGCUGCGGGUCCCGACGCGCGAGUCGUCCAAGGACUGGAAGUACGACUCGCCCAACCCCGAGCACUCGGCCGACCCUGUCGUCCGCAAGUACGGCUGGCUCGACGUCGCGCUCGGGCCCAACUCGACCAUGACCUACUUCCUGCCGAUGGUCGCCACCAAGGCGGGCUACGACACGCUCCUCGAGCUCCACCUCGACGACAUCAGCGCCUCGUCGAGCGUCAACCACGAGACGUUCUUCCACGCCGAGUCGUGCCGGAUCGGGUGCGGCCUGCCGUCGCCGCUCGUGUGGGACGAGAAGCGCACGUGGACCAUCACGACCAAGAUCGCUCGACCCGACAUCUCGCUCUUGCGCGACCACGUCACCCUGUUCACCGACGUCGCGCAGGACUGGACGAGCGGCCCCGCCGGCGACUACGACCACUUUGUCCCGUUCGUCUACAAGAUGGACAUCGAGGUCCGCGACUACGCCAUCCAGCUCUUCCUCAACGACCACAACAUCAUCAGCAACGCGACCGCUCCCGAGGACAACGCCCUCUUGACCCUGAGCGGCCCGGCCCUGGACGCGCACGUCGUCAUCCCGUCCGACGCCUACCGCCAGGAGUGCACCAACUUCCAGUUCACAACCAGCAUCGUCGACCUCGUCCUCUCGAUGAGCUUGCCCGACUGGAACACGCACAGCGCCUUUAUGACUGACCGCACCCGCACCUUCGCCACUGCCGCCGAGCUCAUCCUCGACGGCUCGUACCGCAUCUACGCGCACGCCCACCCGGACAACGUCGAGAAGCUCUCGCUCCGCAUCAAGAAUCGUGACGUCGUGUUCAAGGCGUUCGGCUGGGUCAUUCGGCACCUGUUCAACCUCAAGGAGAACUACUUCGGCAGCUUCACGCACUACGUCACGUUCGACGAGUACAAGCGUCGUCACAGCAGCAACCUGCAGGGCGACCCGCUCGAGCUCAAGUACCGCCCGGGCAAGACGGACGUCUCGGAGGUGUCGGUCCAGUACGAGCUCGAGAACGGCCUGCUCCUUCUUCCUCAAGAAAUCUACGACUGCUCCAAGGCGAUCGUCCUCGCCCUUCCUCAGCUCAGCGUCGACCUGCGCAACCACGACUUCUUCAUGGAGAUGUCCCUCAACGUCGACCCGUUCCGCCUUCUCGAGACGUCUGACACGAUGGCGUUCCUCGAGCAAGACUUUGGGGACAUCCUCGAGCAGCAAGGCGACCUGCUGCGCGUCGACGGCCUCGAGAUUGGCGCCAAUCGCCUGUUCGGCCCUCAGCCUCGGACGGCGACCUACCUGUGCAUCUGGUCGUUCGACAUCGGCGCGAUCGUCGGCAGCGUCCCGCCAUGCUUCGUCCAAAGCCUCGUGCGGGCCGGAGGAGCGGUCGGCCUCACGUUCACCGACAGCGACAACGCGCCCGCUCCCGACUAUGUCGUGCCGGUCGACCCGGACGUCACCGCCCUCACGGUCCAGGUCCGCUCGCUCGACGUCGCCGUUCGAGGCACCGCGACCGCCGUCCAGCUGUACCUCCCGCAAGGCGUCGACCUGCGGUUCGACGACCUCGCCACCGCGCCGUUCCUCAAGCACCUCCGGCUCGAGGUCCCCGAGCUCACGCUCCGGGCCCUCGCCCCCCUGUUCGGCCGCUCGGCGCCCUGGAUGGAGGUCGCCUCGGUCGACGUUGACCUGUCGAUUGUCCUCGGCCUGUCGCACAAUGGCUGGGAGGCCCGUGCGCGCGAGCAGCUCGCGUUCGUCGCGCUCCAGGACGGCCUCACCAAGCGCUGCCCGUUUAUCUACGGCCAAGGAGACAGCUCGUCGUCCCGCAGCGGCAGCCUGUUCCUCCCGGCCAUCGAGGGUCCUGUUCGCUCUUUUCCUCGUGCGCCCGUCCACGUCGGCUCGCCCUCGUCAACCGGCCGCCUCGAGAGCGUCGCCGAGGAAUCCGAGGCCGACCUGACGUCCGACGGGCGCUCUGACCUGGACGACUCGGCAACGUCUGACGACGACGCGCACACGCUCUACACGCGUCUCGCCGGUCGAGACGAGGCGAGCGACCGGUUCAGCGCAUACGGCGUCGUCCUCCAGCUGUGCGAGCGUGCGCCCGAGGCGGCGUUCCUGGAUCGUCCCACCUUUCGGCGGCUGUACAAGAACGGCGCGAGGCGACGAUCACCUCCUGCAACGACUGCCGGGUCGACGAUGGACCGCCUGCGCGACUUUGGGCACUCGAAGCACCCGGACCGCUCCGAGGCGCGCACCUGUAUCGACAUCUCGUCGCAGAAGGGCCUGCGUCUCGUCCUGACGCCUGUCGCUGUAUCGGUCGGGUCCGACGUGCUCGACGGCAUCAACAUCGACACCGACCUCGAACACUGCCUCGACGACCUGUACACCGAGUUCCUCGACUCGCAGCAGACCGUCGCCAAGACGCGCUUCGGCGACCUCGAGGUCAAGGCGUCGCUCCCGCUCGUCCAGGUCGACCUCAUCCAGGACGUCCUGCGCCCCGAGGACACGAUCUCGUUCCGCCAACGCGACAACCGCCACGUCGACGAGCACGCCUCGGCGACCGUGCUCAGCAUCGUCCAGCUCGUCCUGAGCACCAUCUCGCUCGGGUUCCGCCAGCUCGUCGACCAUCACGGCGGCGUCGAGCGCCCACUCGUGCCCACGCCGAGCGCCGUCGUCGAGUUCGAGGUCGACGGCUCGGCAGGCCAAACCCGUCUACUCGUGUUCCACCCGGAGCAGUCGACGAUCCCGGGCUCGACUCGCCGCAGCCACGUCCUUCCUCGGGCAGACGAGCAGGUCCGGGAGCGCCCGACCGCCCUCGACCUCGUCCUCGGGCGCUGCGACGCUCGCGUCGACUACAGCGCGGCGCGCGCGCUCGUCUCGCUCGUUGGCCGCGACGCCCAGCUCGACUUUGUCGACGAGGCGGCCGAGCUCAUCAUCGGCGCCCUGUGGAGCUGGCGCGUCGUCAGCAACAUCAUCCUCCCGAUCAAGCAGCGCGAGGUCGAGCGCGAGAUGUUCCUGCGCCACCUCGUGUACGCCGUCGCCGUCGAGAGCGACUCGGCCGGCGUCACGACCGUCCCGACCUUCCUCAACCGCGUGUCGUACCUCGUCGGCUCGUCGGGCACGCUCCGCGUCGACGACGGGUGGAAGUCGCUCCACAACCUGCGGCACUGCCUGCGCCUCGCCCACGCCGACGUCGCCGACCUCCUCGCUCGUCAGGGCACGUGGCCCGACCAGAGCGAGAUGCGCGACCACUUCCUGCGCAUCCUGCGGCGCCAGUCGGCGUGGGACGUCGACGUCGACGACUUCCAGCACUCGCCGCUCGUCCGCCGGUUCUACGGCUCGAGCGAGGAGGCGGCGCACGAGCUGCACGGCCCGAGCGCGCUCGACUGGGUCCUCGCGCUCCCGAUCGCCGUCGAGUGGAGCACGGGCACGCUCGACGCACGGUUCUGGACCGACUCGGGCACGAGCAACAGCCUCGCCGUCGGCAAGAUCGACGCCUACCUCGCCUCGUCGGGCCUCGACUCGGACCAAGACGAGCUUCGGCUGCGCACCAAGGCGACGCUCGAGGGCAUCGAUGCGCGCGUCGACCGCGACCUGCUCGUCCUCAUCCGCCACAUCCUCGGCGUGCGCAACGUGUUCGAGCGCAAGAUCCAGCGGUUCUCGCGCGACCUCGCCGCCUCGACCGACGCGACCUCGACCUCGACCGCGGCGCCGCCCGAGGACGUCUUUGCGGCGCUGCCCGGCAUCGUCCUCGACGCCUCACUCGCCGUGCGGCACCUCGGCGCCGUUGCCAACGCCGACGAGCUCGAGGCGCAAGCCGUCGUCUCGGACGCGACCACGAGCAUCUUUGCCCGCACGCGCCCGGCGUUCGACGCCGACGGCCUCCUCGACCGCCACCUGAUCGACUUGAGCACGUCGGCCACGAUCGGGAACCUGUCGUUCGCCGCUCGCGAGCGUCGUGCGCACAAGAGCGAGGUCCUCCUGUCGGCCGACCUCGACGGCCCUUCUGCGCUCGUCACGGCACACGGAACGCGCGCGAUGUACGGCGCGAGCUCGGUCGAGACGGUGCACGUCGUCCUCGGCACGCAAGCUGUCCGGUUCAGCGUCCCACGCGACGCCGUCCGGUCGUACGAGUUUGUCGAGAACUGGCGGACGUCGAGCCUGCCCGUCUACGACUCGCUCCUGACCGACCUGCGCGUCGGCCUCGACGACUUGCCGGCGAGUCAAGACGGCGGCUCGGUCCGCGCCCUCGCCAGCGCGAGCCCGUCCUCCCUGUCGAACCUGUUCGAGGCGACCGACGUCAAGGUCCAGGCGGCCGUCUCGCUCGUCGAGCUCACGGCGCAGGCCGUCCCGACCCUCCAGGCGAGCUACGUCGUCCGCAACCUGUCGGCGUUCGCCGACACGAAAGGCUCGCCACAGCCCGACGCCUGGCUCGGCGAGAUCGUCGUCGGCAUGCAGGUCGGCCAGCAGUUGGUCCGCUUCGUCCCCGUCCAGGGCGAGGUGGACCGCCCCGCCGACUCGCCGACCCUGCCCAGCGAGACGUCGUUCGAGCUACCCGUCAUCCGCCUCAGCGGCCGCGCCGACGCGUGUCCGUGCCAGCACGUUAGCGUCCUCACGACCGUCGAGCCCAUCUCGGUCAAGCUCACGGCCGACAUCAUCGACAACGUCCUCACGGUCCAGCGCCACUUUGGCAACGACAUCGACGAGCUCGUGCGCCUCGUUCAGGCCAAGCGCCCGUCGUCGCCCGACGACUCGUGCUCGGUGGCGGUCCCGACAGCCUCGUCGCCGUCGCCUGCGCCGAGCGGCGCCUCCCCGAGCCGGCUCUCGAGCUCGCCGAGCAUCACUUGGGACGCUCGUGUCGCCCUGCGCGGGUUCAAGAUCGCCGUCCAGGGCCCGCAGGCCGUCCAGUGGCUCGAGACCGAGCUCCUCGAGGCCCAGGCGUCGUCGAGUGAGGCGGGCAAGCUGCGGUGGCAGGCGGUCGUCCAGAACCUCGCGCUCUCGCUCGCGCAGCGCCCGGCCCACGACGACGACAACGAGGCCAACGUCGCCCUCGACCCGUCGACCGACCGUCGUUACCGCCUCGCCUUCUUCCGCUUGAACUUGAACGUCAGCAACGCCCACACGGACCUUCCCAACCUCCCCGGCCUCGCCAGCUCGAGCGACCUCGACACGCCGCACCUCCACGUCCGCCUCCCUCGCGUCCAUGCCGUCAUCCAGCCCAACGCGAUCGAGGCGCUCGGCGACCUCGUCGACCACUACGUCCAGGAGAUGGAGGACCGGCGCACGUCGCGCCGGCAGGACAUCGAGGCGCUCCAGACCCGGGUCGUGCAGACGCUCGACAUCAAGGACGACGACAAGGCGAAGCCGUCGUGGCUGUCGACGUGUGUCGUCUCGGUCGAGGCCCAGAGCAUCGGCGUCGCGAUCCCGCUCAGCGACGAGGGCGUCGCCGGCAUCACCGCCGUCCGCGAGAAGCGCCGCCACAAGUCGGCCCAGUCGCGCCCGGCGUUCCUCGUCUCGCUCGCGUCGGUCCAGUUCGGCGCGCAGAAGGGCAGCGCCGGGUGCGCGUGCAUCUCGCGCUUCUCGGCCAACUUUGUCGGCGACUUUGACCAGGGCCGCAAGGAGGACUUUGACGGCGACACGCACCAGUCGCUCAACCGCAUCGUCCUGCCCGACAUGAAGUGCACGCUGCGGUCGCCGCACGGCGAGCCCGUCCUCGUGCACUCGAAGGUGUCGGGCCUCGAGGUCGACCUCGAGCCGACCGUCGUCGCGUUCGCGUUCGCCCUCAUCGACGUCUACCGCCUCAGCCACGAGCGCUUCGCCAAGUUCGCCCCAGAGCUGAGCCCCGGUCUCGGUACCGACACGCCGACUCGACCGAGCCUCUGCCCAACUCGACCGGCUCCGGCGGCGGCCACGCCCGCCGUCCAGGCGACGUUCGAGUUUGCGAGCGGCACGAUCCGCAUGCACUCGCACGUGCAGGUCGCAGGCGGCGGCAAGGACGGCAUCACGCCGCCGACGUCGCCGGGACGGCGGCCCAAGCCGCACCGCCGCGGCAAGUCGCUCGGCGAGUUCGCGACGCUGCGGCACGCGCCGGGCAAGGCGCCGCACGAGACGACGCCGGACGUGUUCCGCCUCCCGGCGCUCUCGAUGUGGGCCGAGUACCGCGACGACGACGACGACCAGGUCGACUCGCGCCUGCACGUCGACUGCGUCAUCCACAAGAGCCACAACACCCUGUACCCGACCCUGCUCCCGUUCGUCUCGGCCGUCGUCCAGCAGGUCAAGGUGCGCGCCCUGCCCGUCGCGACCGCCACGGCGGCGGCUGCCGCUCCCGAGCCGUCGACGCACGACCUGUCGCCCAUCGCCGAGUCGCCGACCUCGCCAAGCAGCACGACGCCUCUCGACGACUUUGCGGCACCCCUCGGCAAGCUGCAGCUCACGAUCAGCCUGCGCAUCGACCAGUCGAAGCUCGAGAUCUCGUGCCUGCCCGCCGCCGAGGUCACGGCCCGCCUGACGUGGGAGAGCGGCGGCUUCUUCUUCUCGACGUCGCCGCAGACCAAGGGCGUCACGUUCGCCGUGUCGGUCGACGGCGUGUCGGCGGGCCUGCGCCACCUGUUCUCGCCCGAGGACUGCCUGAGCCUCGAGGCGAAAGGUCUCGCCGCCUCGCUGUCGUUCGGCGCGCUCGAGGGCGCACACUCGCCGGCGGCGCGCCUCCUGUCGGUCGUCGUCAACCUUCCCAACGUGUCGGCGUCGAUGAACUUUCGCCAUCUGCAAGACUGGCUCUGCCUCAAGGCCGUCUGGAUCGACCGCAUCGACCUCGGCCCUGUCCUGUCGUCCGAGACGCCGACUACGACCGUCCCGACGCCGGCCGCCCCGACCUCGUCGACCUCGUCGAGCGUGACGGCCCUCGUCCGAGCCGAGAUGGGCAGCUUGCGGUUCGCGUGCGACUUUGGCCCGUCGAUCGGCCGCAUCACGUUCGUCGCGCAGCGCAUGGCGAUGCGGUACCGUCAAGCUCCCGAGGUGUCGCGCGAGUUCAGCUUCGAGUUUGAGAGCCUCGAGUCGUCGGGCCAAGGUCGCGCCGGCGGCACCGCCCGAGUCGACGGCCUGCGCUUCUUCAACCGCAUGCGCGAGCAUGACUGCGCGCACGACGUCAUGACGGACGCUACCGACCUGCUCAACCUCCGCAUCGAGCUCGGCAAGAUCGAGGCAACGGUCGAGUACGAGUUCCACCGCAUCCUGGUGCUCGACGGCGACCCCGUCGUCUUCGAGGUGCUCGACGACUGGUCGCACGCCCGCGACCACGACCCGGCCCUGUCGCUGCGCAUCAAGGUCGACGGCGGCACGUUCAGCCUCCUCGGCACGACGGCGACGGUCGCCACCAUCCUCGGCGUCGGCCAACGCAUCGGCGCGCUCGUCGACGAAAAGCGGGCCGCCGCCGACGCCGUCAUCGCCGGCGCCGGCCUGCCCCCUCGCCCGACGUCGGCUAGCAAGGCCGAGAACGCCAUCUCGAGGGUCGCGUCGCGCCUCGGCCAAGACGGCGGCGACGGCGGCAUCGGCCCGGCGUGCCCCGUCCGCAUCGUCAACCACCUCGAGUUCAACGUCGAGGCGAUCCGGCUCGCCAUGUUCCAGGACCGGUGGAACGACGGCGACGUGUACCGCGCCGACGCCGGCAGCGGUAUCCGCGCCAAGCUCGUGCGCGACGUCGACUCGGACCAGCAGGUCCACCGCAACCUGUCGCUGUACCUCGGCUUCUUCUCGAUCCGGCGCGUCGCCCACCGCAAGGUGACGCCGACCGAGGAGGGUCAGUUCGGCGUCGACGAGUGGUACACCCUCCUGCGCAAGUCGAAGGAGACCAACAUCAUGAAGCACGCCGCGACCGACGUCAAGAUGGAGUCGUGGGAGGUGCCCGGCUCGUUCCUCAUCCGCCACCGGUUCGACCUCGCGUUCGGCGGCCAGCUCGACGUCGCCCUCAACUGGGCCCUGUUGCGCAACCUGAGCGCUCUCUCGACCCAGUACCGCCUGCAGAUGGACCGCAUCGCCAACCCGUCGACGAGGAAGAAGAGCGACACCGCGUCGCAGAGCCUCUCGCCGCCGAUGGCGCCCCAGUCGGCCCUGCCUACGACGCCGCCGCCGCUCGAUGGUGCCGCAGCCGACGCCGCCGUUUCGACGGCCACCCUCGAGCGGCCGAGCACAAUCGUCAAGAUGAAGCCGCUCCCGCUCGUCCAGGUCGCCUCCAAGGAGCGGCGCUCUCUCACGUUCGAGGCGAUCGAGAUGCACAUCACCGACCCCAAGUUGACCUUCCUCGGCGACGCUACGCCUCCUCUCGAAUGGCUCGGCCUCCAGCGCUCGCGCUUCCCCGCCGUCAUCCACACGGGCGUCACGGCACCGCUCGAGCAGCUCCUCGUCCUCCUCUCGUCGACCUACGGCAGCCAGCUCGCGCGAAACAAGUUCAGCGGUCGCCGCGCCGGCAAGGCGGACCGCUCGACCACGACCCCGGCGCCCUCUCCCGGCCUCGUCACGCCUGCUACUCCCACAUAGACCCUGUACGACCCUCCUCUCUG